AUGCCUCGUGUAGCGAACAAAAUCCAUCGCCGCUCUGGCGGCAGCAACUCCACCCCGCAGAAGAACUCGCCGAUCAAGAUCCCUCUGAAUGAUGAUAUGGGCGAGAAGGCGGCGCGGAAUCAGGCCCGACAAGCGCUACAAGACCGCCAAAUGAACCAGAUCAAAGCCGCAGUGAAGACACCCAUGCCCGUCCGUCGAUACCGCGAAGGAAGCGACAGUCCCACAACGCCCCGAGGCUCCGGUCAUCGCGGUCGCGAAAGCGAUGUCGGUGGCCGCGCAGUGACUCCGAUGAAGCGCGUGCCCAUUCUGGCCAACUUCGAGGAGUGGAUGAAGAUGGCCACCGAUAACAAGAUUAACGCCAAUAACUCCUGGAACUUUGCGCUCAUCGAUUACUUUCACGAUAUGUCGCUUUUGAGGGAGGGAGAUAGUGUCAACUUUCAGAAGGCCAGUUGCACUCUCGAUGGAUGUGUGAAGAUCUAUACCAGCCGUGUGGACAGUGUUGCUACGGAGACAGGGAAGCUUUUGAGCGGUUUGGCCGACAGUCGCGACAAGCGAGGGCGAGAAGCCGAUGCUGAUGGCGAUGAAGAUGAGGAUGAAGAUGGAGAGGAGGGAGGUGCGCGCAAGUCGCGCAAGAAGACACGGUCACACGAGGCGACGCUAGCCCCAUCUUUCAACACAUUGCAAUUGAAGAAGUUUGAGCUGGAGUUCGCAGUGGAUCCGCUGUUCAAGAAGGCUUCCGCCGAUUUCGAUGAGGGAGGUGCCAAGGGUUUGUUGCUCAAUCACCUUGCCAUCGAUGGACUUGGAAAAAUCGUCUUUGACAGUAGCGAUGAUGUGGAUGACUCUUCCAAGACCGCUGAAGAAGAUCGCGAGGAAUCUGAAGACCCCGAAUCCCAGGGCGCGAAGGCGCAGCCUGCCCAGCAAGCAAGUGACACAUUCGAGGACGAUACUGAUAUCGACAUCACUUUGCUUGCCGCUCAGUUCUUCCCUGACCUGGAUCGAAUUGACGAGCAGGAUGUCUGUCCGUCUCUUAAGAACUUCAGCCUGGGCGAUCCUAGUGGAUCACUCGACCUUCCUCUCCUCAAGGCCCCUGAAGAAUGGCGGCAGGACAAGAGCCCCGAUGAUGCCCCAGAAGAUCCAUCUGGUAUCAUGCUUGAUGAUGACAAUGCGGUUGGCUUUGACGAUGAUGACGACUUGGCCGGUUUCGACCUGAGUGGCGAUGCUGGCUUCGGUGAUGGGGGAGAAGUCUGGGCUCGAGAGGCCGCUUUGGAACCAAUGCUUAAAGUUCACCGAAUGGACGGUGGCGACAAUGCAGAUGGCGAAGAAGAUGCUGACGAGGACGCAUAUGCCAUCUCCAUGUCUCACCAACCAACCAAGCAAGAUCACGAGAAUAUUCUCAGCUAUUUUGAUAACGCACUUCAGAAGAACUGGGCUGGUCCAGAACACUGGAAGAUUCGGAGGAUCAAGGAGCACACUGCGGCCAGUACAAGUGCUGCGCCCAAGCAGAAGAAGGAAAAAGAGCCCUUCGAGAUCGAUUUCGGAGCACCGCUGGAUGCGGCCGUGGCCGAGUUGAUAUAUACCCCUGCCAGCUCUAACUCUGCCAUCUCCCUCCCCAAGACCCAAUGGAAGACCAAGGGUCGUAACUUGUUACCUGAUGACAAACAUUUCAACUCACGCAACUUGCUGCGCCUUUUCCUUAAGCCCAAGGCCCGCAUGGGAUCGAAGAAACUGCUAGGCAGACGUACAACCGUCGGCCGACCAGACCAAACGUCCGGGAAUAGCGAUAUGGACGAGGCAUUUUGGGCAAACCACAAGCCUGAAAACAACAUCGAUGAGGAUGGUGCUCCAGGUGCCUACGAUGCGAACUUCUUCGCAGACGAUGAUGGUCUCGCUUUCCCCAAUGGCAUGGAUCUGGAUGAUGACGAUGAUAACCUGCCAUUUGCCGAUGCGCGGGAGAUGCUGUCCCCUCCUGUCGAUGGGCGCCCAGUCACGUCGCAAGGCGAAGGUGGAGCGACGGGUCUUUCAGCAUUGCUUAGUAUGGUUGGGGCCACCCCCGGCCGUCCCGGUGCUGGUGGAUACGGUUCACAAUUGGUCACACAAGGUGGACGCCGCGCUCGACCAGACUAUGUCAAUUAUGCCCGUGUGGCCAAGAAGGUGGACGUGCGACGACUCAAGGUGGAGAUGUGGAAGGGUAUGGGCGAGCGGUUGAUUGCUGCCACUGACUUCAGCUCUGCUUCACAGCCCGGAGCUGUGUCUAACGAGCCUCCUCCUGAGCCCGAGACUGAAUCCGACGCACCGGCGCCACCCACGCCACAGACAACCAGUCCAGAGAAACCAGCCGACUCCAAGGAUGACACCCGGUUACGAUUCACACAGAUCAUGAACUCUCUCAAAUCUGUUUACCCAGCCGAGACAUUACGUGAUAUCAGCACAUCCUUCGGGUUCAUUUGUCUUCUCCACCUGGCUAAUGAACAGGGUCUCGUCCUGGAGAGCGAUAUAAACAAGAUCGCCAGUGGCGCAAGUACGCUGGAAGAGAUCUUUGUGAGCCGAGAUGUCCACGCCGUCUUGGACGAAGCACAUUUCUAA